AUGCCCGCUGUACCAAAGGACCACUAUCUCUGGACUGUCAUCGUCCGAGGAAGAGAUGGCCCUGCGAACAGCGCGAAAGCAGCGGAGGUCAGGGCCCUAGUCGCGGCAACCGCUGGAUGCACCAUCGUCUACGACUUCUCUGAAAUGAUAGGUCAUGGCUUCAUCUACCACAUGGCCAAUACUGUUGAGUCAAACCCACUUCAAGAGUAUGUUGGCUUGGACGCGCGUGCCCAAGUGCAACUGAAGCGCCAUCGCAGGUCUGAAGAGUCCAUGAGAGCGGAGGUCGUAGAUGUCUCGGAGUCGCAGGUGGAUGAGGGCGCCGAGUUUCCUUUCACAUCUGCGGACGAGCUCAGCGACGAUGACUAA